GAGGCAGUGCACGUUUCAGAGCAUCACGAUGUGACUGCUGCUGCCCUGAGCUCGCUGCCUCCUUCCUCAGUCAACAACUUACUGAGAUGCCUUUUCUUUUACAAGAGGCUGUCAGCUUCCAGCAAGAGAGAAAAGACUUCACCUUGGAAUAAUAGUUCAUCUCACUCCUGCAUCCUUAAAGAGGAUUUUGAAAAGAAAAAGAAAACAACAACAAAAAAAGCAAGUCCCCUCUCCAGCCCCACUUUGUUCCAGAAACGAACAGAAAACAGUUCACAUGCUCCAGGACCUCAUCACAGCUGUGUAUAAGAAAAUAUAUCACCUAACAUUCAUGAAUUGAAUUAUAAGGCCCUUCUCGCAUCAGCUCUUCAUUGAACCCAUGGCAGACACUAGCCUCCCUCCUGCUCAGCUCUGUGGGUGAUGGCACCAUAACCUUGCUGAAGGCAUCUGCUGAUUUUUGCUUGGAAGCCUCUUCAACCCCGGGAAGAAGUUUCAGGUGUACAAUGCAUGGCUUCAACAAUCCUAUACUGAGUGCUCAUCACCGCAGAAAAUGGUUGUCCGUGUUCACUUACUGUGAAGAUUUGGAAUCAGACAACUACAGCUUUGAUUCUCCAAGUGUUUCAGGAUGUAAAUGUAGCCUGACCUUUCCCUGAUGGGCAGUUAAAUCAUGGACACGCUAAACAAUUUACUUUGGACUGUCCUUUCAAAAGAUGCUCUGGCUUCUCUCUUGAAUGCGCACUAAGCAUUUAUAACUGACAAGGAAAGAAAGGAGACUGUGAACUGGAAAGCUAUCUUACAAUGAAAAUUACGAGCACAUCUUGCAUCUGUCCAGUCCUCGUGUGUCUCUGUUUUGUGCAGAGGUGUUAUGGAACUGCUCACCACAGCUCCAUCAAGGUGACCAGAAACCAGACCAAACACAUCGAAGGUGAAACCGAAGUCCACCAUCGUCCCAAAAGGGGAUGGGUUUGGAAUCAGUUCUUUGUUUUAGAAGAACAUAUGGGACCAGAUCCUCAGUACGUUGGAAAACUACAUUCCAAUUCUGACAAAGGCGAUGGAUCUGUCAAGUACAUCCUUACUGGAGAAGGUGCUGGGACUAUAUUUAUCAUUGAUGAUACCACUGGUGAUAUCCACUCAACGAAAAGCCUAGACAGAGAGCAGAAGACCCACUAUGUGCUUCAUGCCCAGGCUAUUGACAGACGAACAAACAAACCUCUUGAACCUGAAUCCGAGUUCAUAAUCAAAGUACAAGACAUCAAUGACAAUGCUCCAAAGUUCACAGAUGGACCAUACAUCGUUACUGUUCCUGAAAUGUCAGAUAUGGGUACCUCUGUUCUACAGGUGACAGCUACUGAUGCGGAUGAUCCUACCUAUGGAAACAGUGCCCGGGUGGUUUACAGUAUUCUCCAGGGACAACCCUACUUCUCCGUAGAUCCUAAAACAGGAGUUAUUAGAACUGCCUUACAUAAUAUGGACAGAGAAGCCAGAGAACACUAUUCGGUGGUCAUUCAAGCCAAAGACAUGGCUGGGCAAGUCGGAGGGCUUUCCGGAUCCACCACAGUUAACAUCACCCUGACUGACGUCAACGACAACCCCCCACGGUUUCCUCAGAAGCAUUAUCAGCUGUAUGUUCCUGAAUCAGCUCAAGUUGGUUCAGCUGUUGGGAAAAUCAAAGCAAACGAUGCAGACACUGGUUCAAAUGCUGACAUGACUUACUCCAUCAUUAAUGGUGAUGGUAUUGGAAUAUUCUCCAUAUCCACCGACAAAGAGACCAGAGAAGGGAUCCUUUCUUUAAAAAAGCCACUGAACUAUGAAAAAAAGAAGUCAUAUACUCUCACCAUAGAAGGAGCAAACACACAUCUUGAUUUUCGCUUUUCUCACUUGGGUCCUUUUAAAGAUGCCACCAUGCUGAAGAUCAUUGUUGGAGAUGUGGAUGAACCACCGCUCUUUUCCAUGCCUUCCUAUGUCAUGGAAGUCUAUGAAAAUGCCAAGAUCGGGACUGUUGUUGGCACAGUUUUGGCACAAGAUCCUGACAGUGCUAAUAGCUUAGUAAGAUACUUCAUUGACUACAGUGCUGAAGAUGACAGAUGUUUCAACAUUGAUGCCAAUACUGGAACCAUUAGGACUACAAAGGUUCUUGAUAGAGAAGAAACUCCGUGGUACAACAUUACAGUUGCUGCUUCAGAAAAUGACAAUCCUGGUUUGCUGAGCCAUGUCACAGUGGGUAUUAGAGUUCUGGAUGUCAAUGACAAUCCACCCGAACUUGCCAGGGAAUAUGAUAUUGUUGUCUGUGAAAAUUCUAAGCCUGGCCAGGUCAUUCACACCAUCAGUGCCAUUGAUAGAGAUGAUUUUGCAAAUGGACCAAGGUUUAACUUCUUUCUUGAUGAACGCCUAUCUGUAAACCCAAACUUCACUCUGAAGGACAAUGAAGAUAACACAGCCAGCAUUCUGACAAGGCGGAGGAGAUUUAGUCGAACUAUUCAGGAUGUGUAUUAUCUCCCCAUUAUGAUCUCUGAUGGUGGAAUCCCCUCUCUCAGCAGCAGCAGCACCCUCACCGUCAGGGUUUGUGCAUGCGAGAGAGAUGGGCGUGUGCGGACCUGCCAUGCAGAAGCGUUCCUGUCCUCGGCUGGCUUGAGUACAGGGGCCUUAAUCGCUAUUCUGCUGUGUGUUGUCAUUCUCCUAGCGAUUGUCGUGCUUUUUAUCACCCUGAGGCGCAGCAAAAAAGAGCCCCUGAUCAUUUCUGAAGAGGAUGUGCGGGAGAACGUGGUGACCUACGAUGACGAGGGGGGUGGUGAGGAGGACACCGAGGCCUUCGACAUCACGGCCUUGAGGAAUCCGUCUGCAGCUGAGGAGCUCAAGUAUAGGAGAGAUAUCAGACCCGAGGUGAAACUCACCCCCAGACACCAGACACUGUCCACUCUGGAAAGUAUAGAUGUCCAGGAAUUCAUUAAGCAGAAACUGGUGGAAGCUGACCUGGACCCCAGCGUCCCCCCUUAUGACUCUCUUCAGACUUAUGCCUAUGAGGGCCAGAGAUCUGAGGCCGGGUCCAUCAGCUCGCUGGACUCGGCCACCACGCAAUCAGACCAGGAUUAUCACUACCUUGGAGACUGGGGACCCGAAUUUAAAAAGUUAGCCGAACUCUAUGGAGAAAUAGAAUCCGAAAGAACAACUUAGGGGGUUAGUUCAUGCGACCUUCUAGAAUUGGCUUCCUGAGCAACUGGAGCUCUGGAAACCUCAGCAGUGGCAAGGAAGGAGCGUGGACACACAGUGCUUGGAACUGAGCAAGCUGUACACAGCUACUGUGGAAACAAGUGCCCUUUUCAUGAUGGAAACUGGGUGAUUUAAUGGGAAGACAGUCAAAUUAAAAAAAAAAAAAAGAAAAAGAAAAAUACAGAGAAAAAGCUAUUGUUCCUUGUGUAUAUUUUCAGUUGCUCAAUAAAGUCUGUGGUACUGUUCAAUUAAGAAUACCUGAAUUAAGCCAAACGAUGAUACGCGUUUCAAUAGUUUGUGAUUUCUUUUCCAAAGCAAAGCCAAACCGAAAGAUUCGAAAUUGCUUACGACUAGGGGCAGUACACUGCGACAGGAAACUUGUGCGGGUGAUCGGGACCUCUUUUUUCCACUUCUUGGUGUGGACCCUUAAGACCCACAGUCUGUAAUCAUGACAGAUCUUAUUAGCGUUGUCUUGUGUUCAAAUGACAUGGGGUAUCUCCAGGAUACCGGGUCUGGCCAUCAUGGACUUGUACGUAUCAUUUUCCUUUGCCCUCCCCACUUCUUUUCUCCAUACAAAACUGAUGGAGCAUGGGGAUUUGCUGCUUGCACUAUAAUGUAUGCAAUUUCUGUGCACCACGUGUGCACUGCUCUGAAGCACGGAGACUACCAUCUCUGUCCUGCCUGCCCUCCUUUAUUUUAACAAAAGAAACCUCCCCCCGCUCCAGCCCCAACCCUUUUUUAAUGGAUAGAAUGAAUGGUUUAAGUAAGAUAUACUCAGAUAAUCAGAUAUGUCAGGGAAAGAUUUAAUUAAAAAAAAAAUAGUCACAAACCUUAUACUGUAUAAAAUGUGGGACUACUCAAUGAUCUGUUCCAUUCCAUUCCUGGUGGUCCAUGGACAUCAGCAGUUUUCAUCAUCCCAAGACCUAAGAUGAGUUUUCGGAGGUUUUGCUGGUUGGUUUAUACCUCGGUCUAACUUGCUUGUUUAUAAAAUACGAGUAGUCAUCGAAAAUAUGUACCUCACGUGAGAACAACAUCAUCUGAGAAGAUUAGACUCCAGUUUACUUAAAUCUUGUAGACUUUGGAUUGUUUUACCUUUAGUCCUUACCCAGGUUCAGGUGGUCCCUAUCUCACUGACUGCUUGGCCCUUAUCUGUUUGGGAUCUGUAGGAAAAUGUAUAAAACUGAAGCCAAAAACAAAACAAAACAAAACAAAAAAAAAAAAAUGAAAACAGAGAUUCACAUUUAGUAUCCUCGGAAAUGUGCCUCAAACUCUCUGAGCUUCAGGGCCCCAAAUCACAAAAUAGAGAUGGUGAGACUUCCCGCCCAUCUCAUAGGGUUGUGUGAGGAUCAAGAAGCAUCUGUAAAAAUGCUUUGCCAACUGCAAAGUGCUCUGUUAUGUAAAGGCUUGCAGACACUAUCUAAUUUUCUAAUUCUGUUAGCUUACAAAUAAUAUAGUUACAUACAUUUUGAAUAAAACAUAUUAUCAUGAGAGAAUUUCAUAAAAUCUUCAACAGUGUAGCAACUGCUAACUAAACAUAAUACACAAGUUUAAUUACUUUGAUAUUUUCCCAAAUAAACCAAUUUUCUUCAAAUUUCUUGGAUUUUUUGCCCUAAAAUGUUUAGAUAACAUUUCACUGUUACCGCUAUUAGCCCUAAAAUAAGUAUAAUGGUCCUAUUCUCCAAAAAUUACCAUAUUUAUGCAUUUCAGAUAGAUUGGAAUUUUGAAACCCAUAAAUGAAGAAUCAUCUCAAGGAGGAACUUUUCCUUUGUUCUUCGAAUUUAUCAUAAUCAAGUGUCCUCAAAAAUUACAUUGCAUUUUUCUGUCUGAUUCUACCUAUUUGCAAAAUUUGAAAUUUUGCCUUUGUUUGCAACUGCCCUGUGCUAUCAUGUUUCAGUUUUGAGGUAUGGGAAGUAAGGAAGCUUAACUUGAAUAAUUCUCAAUGUGUGUUCUAAGCCUGAGGAAUAAAAUUUAAUUUACGUUUUUUACAACAUUUUAGCUUUCCUGAUGCUGCUUUAUCAUUUUUUAAAUCAUAAUGGUGUGCAUUGCCGUAUAAAGCUGUAUCAGAAGAAACACUCAGGGGCCCUGGGGAAUAACCCCUGGAGACACAUACUCUGAUUAUACUAAUGUUGGACCACAUUCACCCUGAAAGAAAGGUACAUUAAGCCUUUGGAGAACCAACACGGAUUCUGGUGUUACGACUCUCCUAUACAAAGAGGAAUGGGAAGGUCAGGUUUGAGAACUCCAUGACAUCAGCCUUUGGAUUUAGAUUUCCAAUAAACUAUUCACAGCCUUUAUUUUAUUUUGCUUUGUUCUGUUUUGUUUGGUUUGUGUUCUUAAUAUUCACCUGCUAACUUUACAGAUGAGGAUUUGAGAGCUAAAAAUGUAUGUGUACAUUUAACCAUUGACAUAAAAGCCAAAGUCCUCUGCAUGGUUUUGAGUACCAAAAUAUUUCCCUGAUUAUGUGACAAAAGCACCUCAGAUUCAUCUAAUUUUAAUGACAUAUUAUGAUGAUAAUGGAUUGCUUUUAAACCCCUAAUGUUAAAUAUAAUAUGGAGGCAAAAUGGAGCUUCUGUAGUCCUGAAAUAUUAUGUUUCUGUGUUGAUUUAUCCUAGAAUUUUGUUAAUGAAAGCUUUCCAAGUGUUAUAUUUUAUAUGAACUCUGAAAUGAGGCAAUUAUAUCAUUAUUAUAAAUAUGGAUUAAAUCUCUCUUUUUUUAAUUCUGCUUCUUUGAGUCAAGAAAAAAAUGAUAUUUAAAUGUUCCGAAACAGAUUUGAGUCAUAUUAACACUUAAUAUCUUGCUUUAAAAACUCCAGUUUGUCAGUGUCAGAAGAAAAUUCUCAGACUUUAGUGGGCAAAGAGUUUGCUUAUAAACUCUGAGUAUUCAGUAGCCACAGAUAAUUAGCUGUGGGAUCAUAUGUGAUUCCAUAUAGAAUAAGCUAUGGAAAUCACUCAUGUCUCAACACAUUUUUGUAAGCCUUAGCUGAUGUUUAUAGAUCUAAAUAAAAUAUAACUCUGAAA